GACAAACUUACAUACAAAGCUGACUUCGAUUAGAAUACUGAUUCUCGAACUGGCCAACCUGGCCUCCAACAUACCAUAAUACUAAAAACAACAUAUACGGCAGCAAAUACAUGUAGUAUACUGAUCGGCAUGUUAAAUACACAACCACCAAUAUAACGACACAAUGGCGAUUCCCUGGGGGACGAUAAAGUCCCUCCUUAUAUUCUUCGGGCCUAUGCUCCUACCCAAAGCCAUAAGCUACUACCGCUCAGCACGCGCCGCCCCCGCCGCCACGGGCAUCCCCAUCCAACCCAUCCCACCAGCCGCUCUCCGCGCCCUCAUCAUCCUCAGUACCACCGCCCUCGUCCUCCUCGUCCGCGCUCUCCCUAUAUUCGCUCCCGAGAAUAUAUUUCUACGAACACAAUCACGCCUCCAAAUACCCACAGAUGUGCUCUUCAACCGCCUCGCCUCGCUACGUCCAAACGGCAUCCUCACAACCGUCGACACCGCGCUAAGGGCCAAAUUCGUAAACCUCGAAUCGCGGCUCCUGUAUCUCCAACACGGCCCCGACGUCCUAGCCAGCUGCCCCUUCUGCACCUCCGACGACCCGCGCUCCUACCUCUACUACGCGCUGCCCGCCAUCCUAACCCCCCACCUCGUCAACCUCGUCAUCGUCUCCCUCGCAACCUCCGACCUAAUCGCCGGCUCCCACGGCCCCAAAUGGCGCACGACCGCCGCCAUCGCAGCCGGGCUAGGAAGCGCGCUCGACGCCUACCUCGCCAGCUCGUAUAACUACCAAGCGAACUCGCGCGCGACCCGUCUCAGCGACCUCGAGUUCUUCUUCUGGACAGCGCGGUCGGCGCGGCUGAUCCUACUCUCGCUCUCCGACGGUAUCCUCGCCACACUCCUCUACCUCUCCUCCACGAACCGCGCCUUCGCCGCCCCGCCCGGGGCCGCGGAGCGCGUGGAGGCCGUGACCCGCCGGCUGGCGAGCGCGAAGAGCCGGCUCAACGCCGUGGGUAUCGUGAAGAACACGGCGCUCCGCGACGAGGACCUGCGCGCGCGAACGCAGGCGUACUGGCAUCAUGAGGGACGUCUCAUGCGCGAGGUUAUGGAGGAGCGGGAGGUUGUUGAGGGGGUUAACGAUGCGUUGGAGAAUCGGAUUAAUAUCCAGGAUAUCAUGCGCGAUGCCGAUGCUUAUGCGUUGAAUGUGCUGCCGAAGAUGGAGCAGGUUGUUCAGGAGAGUGUGGUGGGGUGAUGGGGGGUGGGUAGAUAGAGGCUGUGCCUAUGUAAGUAGAUAGGGGGUCGUAGAUGGAAUAGAAUUUACUUUUGAUUUCAGGAUUCUUGUGAUGCCUUCUUGGUGUGUAUGCAUGUUCGAACUCAGUCCUGGAAAGUGUCGACUCGAGUUUAAGACCAGAUUCAUAGGUCCUCGAUUUACGAGUCAACGGCGCUUUCGAGACAAGCCGAACAAGACACAACCCACACAACAAAAAGAAUCAAGUAAACGAAGAACCACCGUCUAAUGAGUUCCCAAAAUGCAAACACAUCCAUAGCCUAAGUAGUGAUCCUAUCAACUAUCUCAAGC